UUUGCAAAGGAAUGCUAAUAAUGAGAAAUCAGCAUGAUCAAACCAAGAAUAUGUUUCUAUAUACAUGUAAUGGAUAAGAAAACAAAGCUAUGUCAAAUAAUGUGUUAGUCAAUCCAGAAGCCUGAGAAAUUUUGAGAUAAAUUCAACAUUACCUAUAUUGCUUAAAGCUUCCAUAUGGAAUCUGCCCUGUCACUAUACUGGUUUUCGCUGAACUAUACACAUUUAGCAAAAUGAGAGGACAGGGAAGAUGAAAGACCGACUUCAAGAACUAAAGCAAAGAACAAAGGAAAUUGAGCUCUCUAGAGACAAGAAUGUGUUGACUACAGAAGCAGAGGAACAAGGGGUGUUUCUGCAGCAAGCUGUUAUUUAUGAAAGAGAGCCUGUAGCUGAGAGACACCUACAUGAGAUACAAAAACUACAGGAGAGUAUUAACAACUUGACAGGUGAUGUUCAAAAAUUGGGGCAGCAACAGAAAAGUCUGGUGGCUUCUAUGAGAAGGUUUAGUCUACUUAAGAGAGAGUCUAGCAUUACAAAAGAGAUAAAAGUCCAAGCAGAACACAUUAAUAGACGUUUGGAUGAUUUAGUAAAAGAAGUUAAAAAGUCAGAGGAUGAAAACGGUCCAUCAUCAGCGGUCACAAGGAUACUUAAAUCUCAACAUGCUGCGAUGUUCCGCCAUUUUCAGCAAACUAUGUUUAUAUACAAUGACACAAUAGCAGCAAAGCAAGAGAAGUGCAGGACAUUUAUUUUCCGUCAGCUUGAAGUUGCUGGAAAAGAAGUGCUGGAAGAAGAGGUAAAUGAUAUGCUUCAUCAAGGAAAAUGGGAAGUUUUUAAUGAAAGCUUACUUCGUGAAAUCAGUAUCACUAAAGCACAACUCUCAGAGAUGGAACAGAGACACAAAGAACUAGUUAAUUUGGAGAACCAAAUAAAGGAUUUAAGGGACCUUUUCAUUCAGAUAUCUCUUUUAGUAGAGGAACAGGGAGAAAGCAUCAACAAUAUUGAAAUGAUAGUGAAUGGCACAAAAGAGUAUGUUAACACUACUAAAGAAAAAUUUGGACUAGCUGUAAAAUACAAAAAAAGAAAUCCUUGCAGGGUAUUGUGUUGCUGGUGUUGUCCAUGCUGUGGCUCAAAAUAAAGAAGCUAUUUUAGAAAUUUCUCCAGCUUUAGAA